GGAAGUGCGCAGACCGUCAUCGUAACCUGCUACUUCCUGCCUUCCAAAUCGGCGGCUUUGUACUCUUCUGCCAAUCCAAUUCAGCAUCACAAAUUCAUCUCUGCGAAGACGUUACUUCAAUCGACUGCUCCCGCAUCUGCGCGUCGCUGCACAUCCAUCUCAUCAUGUCCGUCGAGCUCCACCCAACCGAAUUGGGCUUCAGACGUCCAUUCACUCGGGAGGUCACGGAAGUCCUGAAGCUCGCGAAUCCAAAUGACGCUCCUGUCGCUUUCAAGGUCAAAACCACCGCACCCAAACAGUACUGCGUGCGACCAAAUUCGGGCAUGAUACCGCCGAAUGGCGAGGUUGAAGUACAGGUCCUCCUACAGGCCAUGAAAGAAGAGCCUCCUCUGGAUGCCAAAUGCCGCGACAAGUUCCUCGUACAAACUGUCCUCACAUCGGCCGAUCAAGACCCGAACGUGACGACACUCUGGCAAACGGUGGAAAAGACCGCCAAAAACACCAUUCAAGAGAAGAAGAUCAGGGUCAACUUCUUGCCUGCAGGGGGUGCCACGCCCAACGGCACAUCAUCACACGAAGAACAGCCACCGGCUUACUCUUCGCCGUCUCCGCAAUUUGAUUCUCCAGCUCCACGCUCCUCGAUCGGUGGGGUGUCAACGGCUGAGAGUGCGAGGACAUCUAUGGCCAAUGCUGCGGACGCGACCGGCCUCACUUCCGCGGCUACUACUAUCGCAAACGCCGUGCCGACGUCCAACCAGGAAUUGCAGGAACAAUUGGCCACUGCAAGGGCUCAAAUUAAGAAACUUUCGGAGCAGGUUCAAGACCCCCAAUUCCGGCAGCGGAAGGUGCAAGAGGCAAGCGAGAAGGUUCAGACCGUUGUUCAGCAGAGCCAUGAGUCCGGGGUGCCUCUACAGAUCGUUGCGGGGCUAUGUCUCCUCAGCUUCCUGAUCGCAUAUCUCUUCUUCUGAGCCCUCCAUUUAGGACAAGAUCGAGACAAAAUUGUCGUUCUACUCGGAGAGUAAGAAGCUACUCCCGUAGUUCUGUUCAGCGCGCCAGAGUUGAAUCGGCGAGGUCUGGAGAGACUGGUGAAGAUGCAUGAACGUCUUCCUGCAUUGUGGAAGUAUGUCACCGGCAAAUUCAAUGUCCCCGCCCAUUGUCUGGCACAGAUCGCAUGGAUUACAUUCCAGAGCCCGACAUCGUUAACGACGACUGGCGCUGGUGGGCACGUUGGAUCAUGGGUGUUGUGUCUAUUAUUGAGUUUUCCGCCUGACUUUCUAUGUAAGCGUAGAUCAAAACAAGACCUAUUUCGAGUUCCAGACUGAAACGAAGAGGGUUUAACGCAGACACAUUCGAAGAACCGUCGCAUCCCUCGUUUCUCCGCGCUGUUGCAAUUUGGUAGACUUUGCUCCCUGGUGGCUCUGGACGU